AUGACACGGGAAAAACAUAAACUUAGUGGUUAUUUUUUGAUAUUGGAAGAAAAAUCCAAUAAAUGGAACAACUAUGCUAUUUGUCAGGAUUGUAUUCGGGUUUUAGGUUCAGAAGAAGCUUCAAAACAUAAAUUUACUAAUACUAAGCGUGCAUAUGCAAAUCACCUUAAAACUUGUCCUUAUUGGGCCGAAAGACCUACCUCAGAACAAACUAUAAUUGAGAAGGAAGGGGAUGAAGGGGACGAAAGAGGUGGAAGGGAUGCAUUUCAAUUAACUUUUCAUACUCCACUACCACAAUUACCUCUGUCACGAAAUUUAAACAACUUUUUUUAUACAACACCAUCUAUUACAUCACAUAGAAGCAGUCUUAGUGGUCGAAUUCUUGAAAGAACUACCAAUAAAAUUUCAGAAACCAUUCUUAAUGAUGCUAUUAAUGAUGAUCUUGGUGUUAUGUUAGCUUUUGACAGAUGGAAGAAUGUAGCAUGUCAAAAUUUAUUAGGAUCU